AUGAAUAAAGAAUCACGCUAUGCAUAUGUAAUAAUUCAAAUUAUUUCAACUAGACAAAAUCAUCGAUGUCUCCAAAUAAGAAUCAGAGAUCUUCAGAAGCUAAUGCUACCUACUCUACUGGUUUUUCCAAAAAAACAACCUAUAAGCCAACCCAAUCAAAUCAAACACCUAUUUCAGGUUAACUUCCAGAAAUUACUAAAAAGAAAACCAAGAAUGACAUACUCUGUUACUCUCAAGAGUUUCAAGAUAUUCUCCAAGUUGAAAUUGAUGAGAGGUAACAGUUUUAUCUCUAAUACAAGGUAUCGAUAUUUAGUUAAAAAUGGAACCAUCAAAAAGAUUGAGAAUGGAGGAAACAUAAUCUUCUCUGAAUUAUAACAAAUACCUGGCAUUUGGGUUUGUUAUAGAAGACCUAUGGAAAGAGCCAAUAACUUAGAAAAAUUAAGUCUUGAUUAUUUAGACUUGACUCAUAUGCCAUUAUUAGAAGGAGAAGAAAAGUUAAAAAUCUUAACAUACCAACAUAACAGAAUUUCAUCAAUCCAAAAUCUUGUCUCCUUACCCAAUUUAUUAUAUCUAGACUUGUAUGAUAAUUAAAUUAAAGAAAUCGAUGAAUUGAAAUAAGUUUAAAAAUUAAAAGUCUUAUUGUUACCCAAAAAUUAAAUUAGAAGGAUACAAAAUUUAGAUCACCUCACUAAAUUAGAAGUUCUAGAUUUACAUAGCAAUCGCAUAGUUAAUUUGGAAGGAUUAAGCAAAUUAAAAAGUCUCAAAAUUUUGAAUGUUGGGAAUAAUCUAAUAACCAAAUUGGAAUCACUUGAAGAAUUAAGCUCUCUAAUAGAAUUAAACAUUAAAAUGAACCAAAUUGAGAAUAUAGAUCACUUAUAAGGUAUAUUUUAUUUGUAAAUUAGUCCUCCCCUAAUUGUAAAAAUUAUUUAUGUCCUAAAACAGGAUUAAUUCAUUCCCCUGUAUUUUCAAUCUAUCAGAAUUAUCUCUAGAAAAUAAUCCAAUAUAAACAAACAAAUCUGAUUAUUACAGAUACAUAUGUUAGACCUUUGAAACUUUAAAAAUUUUAGAUGGAAAACCUAUUGAUUAAAUCAAACAAGAGAUCUUGUUUGCUGACAUACCGAAAACAGAACCCAUUAAAAAGAAAACAAUAAACUAAUAGCAAAUAUAACAACAGCAAUUAUAAUAAUAGUAAAAACCAAAAAAGCCCAAUUAAAUGGGCCUUGAAAUUCAUGGGGUGGCUUCAGAAUUUAAAACUAAAGAGGAAAUUGCACCCUUUGCCUAAGUUAAAAAAGAGCCUACUAAUUUAAAAAACCCUCCGACCUAACAAUAACAAUAGCAACCAUUAAGAGAAACUAUACCAAGUUUAAAGAACUCUUUGACAAACACUGCUGCUGCCUAAGAGGAUGAUAUUUUAGUCUUGAUCAAAAAGCAAUGGACAGCUGAAUAUAAACGAAUUCAAUUGCUCGAAAAAAAUAACUAAUUAAAUAAAAAGAGCUGCUUAGAACAUCAACUUGUCGAAGGAGGACAUGCUGAAGUUGAGGAUGUAUACCAUUGUGUAUAAUAUUUAGGAUGUCUUUUUGCUGAUAUAUGGAACUGCAUCAGCUAUGGUAUUACCAACUUAAAAUUUUAGUUAAAUUAUUGAAAAAAUCCAUUUUCAAUAUGUAUUUUUUGAUUCAAUUAUUGACACUUAAUUGUCGAUUUUAAAAGAUUAUUCAAAAUUAAGAGAACUAGUUUUGAAAGAUAAUUACAUAAAUAGUCUAUUAUAAUUAGCAAAAUUGGAAGUAAGUUAUCUAAAUCUAUUAAUAAGCAUUUGAGUGAAAUUCAAAAAUUAACAAUAUUAAACAAUCCAAUUAAUAAUUGUUCUUUCAUGUUUUAAUUUUUAGUUUAUAGAUUUCCAUCUAUGAUUUAAAUUAAUGGAAAAGAUAUAAGAAAUGAUGAUCGACAAAAAGUAAUUCAUAUUCUUUAGGCUAGGCCAAACAUUUGUUUUCCAAUUUUGACAAAUCUUUAUAAAUCCCAGAAAAAUUAUAAAAUUUUGAAAAUAUACGACAACUAAAAAGCUUCUAAAAGGAUAGAUCUUACAUUAAACUAUUUCAUAAAUGUUUAAAUGAUGUUUCAAAUGAAUAAAAGAUAGUAUACAAAUAUCGAAAGACUGUAAUAUAUAUAUGUAUAUAUCAAUUUAGUUUGAAAAUAUUUAUGAAGACUAUUUAACUUAAUUAAUCCAAUAAUGUAAAGAUAAGGAAAAAUGA